UGGUUUGAGUCUUGACUAAGUUGCAACAAACUAACCUCCAAAUCUUCGAAGUUGCUUUGAAGUGACAUAUAAAUUUAUCAACAUCAAUAUGGAUGUACAAACAGUUAAUACUCGAAGAAAAAUAUUGAAUCAAGUAGUUUGUAGUAUUUUAGUGGAAUGUGGUUAUGAUACUUGUGAGAAACAAGCAUUGGAGACUCUUACCGAAAUGUUACAGUCAUUUAUUGUAGAAGGUGGGGCUUCAGCAAAAAAUUAUUGCGAACUUUCUGGAAGAACAGAACCUCUCAUAGCAGACGUGAUACUGGCAUUAAUCAAUAUGGGCUUCAAAUUAGAGAAUAUAGAGAUUUAUGCCAAGAGACAAAAUAGAACGGUUUUACCAGCAUUACAACAACAGACACAAUCAAAGCAAUUAAAUAUUUUACAAGCUGGUAUUAAACAAGGCCAUCCAUCACAUAUACCAAAUUAUUUACCACCUUUUCCUGAUCCACAUGCAUAUAUUAGAACUCCAACACAUAAGCAACCAGUGACAGAGUAUGAAGCAAUAAGAGAAAAAGCAGCAACACAAAAACGAGAUAUUGAAAGAGCUCUAACAAGGUUUAUUGCUAAAACAGGAGAAACACAUAGUUUAUUUCUCACAGAAGAUAACAGCAUGUUUCCCCUAAUAUCUUGUAAACCACAGUUUCCGAGUUAUAUCUCUGCUCUUUUACCUCAAGAUCAAAUAUUUGAGCCAGAGACAGAUUUUCAGUUUGAAUCCACUCCUGUGAAAAAGAAAAAAGAACAACAAACCGAAGAGACAGAGGAAAGCAAUCAAACACAAAACGAAGGUAUAGAACAAAAUGGCGAAACUACUACUCAACAAGAUGUUAUAGAUAAUCCAUAUUUAAGGCCCGGAAAAAUCCCUAAAAAUAAAAUGCCAGGUACGACGAUACUUGGACAGCAAUCAGUAAAACGAGAAUCACUUGAAUCUUGAAAAAUGCGACAUAAAAUAUUAUAUAUAAUGUAUAUAUAAAUUCAUAUUUUAUACUUCAUCUGCAUCUGUAUCUUGUAUAAAUUAUGAUAAUCAUGGAAUAAAAUUAAGAGUAAAAGU